AUGGGAGGAAAUUCGCCAUGUGCUUCCUGCAAGUUGCUUCGACGCCGCUGUGCCAAGGACUGCAUCUUUGCCCCUUACUUCCCUUCUGAUGAUCCCCACAAGUUUGCCAUGGUUCACAAGGUUUUUGGUGCUAGCAAUGUCAGCAAAAUGUUGCAGGAGUUACCAGUUCAGCAAAGGGCAGAUGCAGUGAGCAGUUUGGUGUAUGAAGCAAAUGCAAGGGUGAGAGACCCAGUUUAUGGAUGUGUAGGGGCCAUAUCUUAUUUACAGAACCAGGUUUCUCAGCUUCAAAUGCAGCUAGCAGUGGCUCAAGCUGAAAUACUUUGCAUCCAGAUGCAGCAAGAGCCAAUGGUACCGACCCCUCAAAUAUUAGACCAAGAUGACAAAUCAUUUCUUCUCCACAAUCAGUACCUCAAUUUUGCUAGUAAUUCUUCUACCAAUGUAAUUCAUGAUCACUCUUUCAAGAGAGAGAGCAUCUUUGGAGAAUAA